UCGGGGCCGCUCCAGGCUGACCAGACCUCCUCCUCCUGAAGGGGGCGUGGCCUUCUCCGUCAGCAUGAGACACGCCUUUGUACCUUUCACAGGAGGGAUGGUAUUAGCAGCAGAUUAUUCCCAGUUGGAGCUCAGAGUGUUGGCUCACCUCUCUAAGGACAGACGUCUGCUACAGGUGUUGAAUGGAGGAGCUGACGUGUUCCGCUGUAUCGCUGCUGAGUGGAAGAACAUUCAACUGGAGACUGUAGACGACACCCUGAGACAACAGGCGAAACAGAUAUGUUAUGGUAUAAUCUAUGGGAUGGGAGCCAAGUCUCUGGGAGAGCAGAUGGGGAUAGAGGAGGACGAUGCAGGUGCUUAUAUCCAGAGCUUCAAGGACCGAUACACAGGUAUCCAUCGGUUCCUGAAGGAGACGGUACGUAGCUGUGUGGAGAAGGGUUUUGUCCAGACUCUACUGGGGAGGAGGAGAUACCUACCGAACAUCAACACCAGCGGUUACACCAGGAAACAGGCGGAGCGUCAGGCUGUUAACACGACAGUCCAGGGAUCAGCCGCUGACAUCGUUAAACUGGCUACAGUCAACAUCCAGCAAUGUCUUAGAGACACCUACCCUGCUGCCCCUCUCUCACACCAGCACACACACACAGAGAGUCGGGGUCGUGGCAGGGCUGUUAAACGUCACCGUGGGGCGUUUUUCAUCCUGCAGCUUCAUGAUGAACUCAUCUAUGAGACCGCAGAGGAGGACCUCAUACAG